UUAACCCUUUCAUGCCGUUACCAUAGUAACGGACUAUAAUGGACGAAAUAAUCGAAGGAUACCAAGAUUUGUCCUCACAGGAGGAUUUGAACAGCGAAGGUUUUGAUCAGAGCAUUACAACCACCAGUAGUAGCAGUAGUGAGAAUGAACUUGGAGGCGGCCUUUCUGAUGAAUAUGAAGAUUAUGAAGAAAGAGAGGAAGAGAGUGUCCCUCUUAACACUAAUUCUUAUUUUGAGGAUGACAGUGGCAGUAUAACUGAUCCACCUAAAUCUUCAUCGGUUAAUGUGAAGAAACAGCAGAAGCUUAACAGAAAAGAAGUAAAAGAAUUUUACAAAUUAUCAUCCAACAUGGCUCAAAUGAAUGACAACUUGGAGGAAAAGCAAGCAGAAUUACAUCAAGCAAUGAAAAAGCUGUCUCAGUGCAGAGAAAGUGCAAGGAAGUUAAAAACUGAAUGUUAUCAGAUUGAAUCAGGUUUACUGCUAGAAGAAGAGUCACCUGAACAGACUAAGCCUUUGAAUGAUUCAGGACUAGCUAAGCAACAGUUAGAGAAAACAAGAAAAGAAUUAUCAGUAAAACAAUGUCAUGAAGAUGAUCUUAAAAUUAAAAUAAGUCAACUUGAGCUUGAUCUGUUAGAGGCCCAGCUACUACAGUCAACUGAAUGUAGUGAUCCAUCAUCAUUUUAUCAACAACAGAAGAUGAUAAUACAACAGCACAAGCACAAACAAGGAUUACUAAGAGUGCAGACACAGACUAGAGAAGUGAUUGAGGCUCAAAGAAGAGACUUAAAAGAUGAAAGAGACAAAAGACAUCGAAAGGUUGCAGCCAUUAAAACUGUUCAGUCUACACAGAAAGGAGAGAAACUUCAACAACAUCUACGAGAGAAAUCAGCAAAACUUAGGAUAGAAAGAGCUGCUAAUGAAGAGAUAGAGCUUGAAGAUAGAAAGACAAGGAUAAAAGCUUUACUUAGUUUAAAGAAAAAUAUUGAAUCUAGUCAAGAAUCAAUGCGUGCUCAUCAGUCACUACUAAAAGAAAAAGAAAAGACUAAAUUGAAGGAAGAAGAGGAAGAGAAGUCAAAACUGGCGAUGGAAAUGAGAGGAGAGGAUCCCACUGUUAUUAUAUUAAAAAGAAAAAGACUAGAGCAAUUAAGCAAAGAAAAACAGAUUUUUGAGCAGAAAAUUAAAAGGAGACAAGCUGAGAUCAUUUCUCAACUAUUGGAUGAAACUAAGAGAUUAUCUAAACAAUCGCAACAACAGGAACAUCAAGAUUUAGCACAGAAGAAAGAUAGAGCUACCACAAAAAAAACAGGAAUUAAACUUGAAACAAGUGAUGAAAAUGAAGAGGAUGGAUUAGUUACUGUUACUGAAAGUAAUGAAGAGAAUGUACCUGCAGAUGAAACUGGUAGUGAUACUUCAAUUAAGAAGCUGCCAUCAAAAGAUAUGGCUAUGAAGAAGACACUACUUCAACCAGAUAUACCUGGUUUAUGGGAGCCAAAAUCAGAGCAGAAACUAGCAAAACAAAUUAAACGAAGCAAAAUGGAGCAGUCUAUAAUGGAAAAGAGGCUUACGAAGCUAAAAGAAAGUGUGAUAUCUACUCAAGUUGCUGCAGGAAAAGUAUUCAAGGGAGAACAUUCAUUUCUCAGCAAACCAGAAGAAAUUAUAUUUAAGGAUUUUGAUGUUGGAAAAGUAUAUAAAAAGAAGGUGCAGUUAACUAAUGUGUCAUAUUCAAUCAGUCAUGUUAAACUACUUGGAGCCAGUGAUAAUCUCAAAAACUUCGUACAAAUUGAGUUUACUCCACCUGGUGCAAUGUCAGCUGGCAUUACAUGCCCUCUGUUAAUUACUUUUGAACCUAAAGUAAAUGAGGACAUCAUUGGAUCUGUUGAUUUUAUGUCACAAACUGGACCUUUUUCCAUAAAUGUCAAGUGUCUUAUUAAGAGAUGCCUGGUGGUGGUAAAUAAAUCAGAAAUUGAAUUUGGUCCAAUUUGUAUUGGUGAAACCAUUAAAAGAUCAGUCACUGUGCAUAAUAAUGGAGCUCUACCAACUGAUUUUACUUUCCUACCAUUAAGUGAAACAGGAGUUAGUGGUGAUACAAAACAAGCAUCAGAUUUGACUGAUAAGGAAGAGGCCCCACUAUCAGUAGAGAGCCAAAGGAGUAUAUUGAGCACAGUAGAGUAUGCCUCAGAUCAAAAAAUGCUUCUGAAAAUGGGCAGAGCACUUGAUGAUAAGCAGCAUGCACACUCAUUGGUCGACAUUAAUUCAAUCUCAUCUGUCAACACUAAAACAAAACUAGUGAAGCCAGGAAGAGCUUCAGCAAAGAAAUCAGAACAAGAGAAAGGUAAUGAUACUAAUGCUACAGAGGAUGCAGUUGAGAGUAAAGAAGACAAAGAUAAUCUAGUAGAUGAUCCUGUUACUCUUGCUGUUAGUGAAGAGUCUUUGGACAAUGGAGAGAAAGUGAAUGAUGUCAGCCCCAUCACUAUAAGCGAAGGAAUAAGGUCUGGAAUGAUAGAUCCAUAUUCGUCAGUUGUGUUAGAUCUUGUGUUCUGUCCUAAGAUUUCUGGAAGUUAUCAGUCACAAUUUGUUUUAAGCACUACUAAUGAACCAAUACAUAUAGUAGCUACUGGUGAAGCCAUUGAUUUACCAAUUUAUACAGAGAGAGAGGUAAUUGAUUUAGACAUCUGCAUGACUGAUCUGCUUUAUCAAGAUUCAGUUGUUCUAUGUAACAGGUCAAGGACAGCUUUGCAGGCUACAUUCUCUAUUCCUUCUCUUGUGUCUGAUCACAUGGAGAUAAUACCAAAGUAUGGGCUUGUUCAGGGUGGCUCAUCAUUCACAGCUCAACUUAAAUUCCUUCCCCGACCAUCAUUACUGACUGAAGAAUCCAGCGAACUCUUUGAAGGAGGGACACUCAAAGUUCCUAUUAGUAUAAUUGUAGCUGGACAAUCAUCACCAGUUACUUUUACAGUAAUGGCAACAGUGACAGAAUCUGAUAUUAGUCUUUCACAGACAACAUUGGACUUUGGACAGUGCACAAUACAUGAAUCAGUAUACACCAGCAUACAGUUAACUAAUAAAAGCUGUUUACCUCAAGACUUUGGAUUUGUUCACCUUCCCAAAUGGUUGUCCGUUCAACCAAAUGAUGGCUUUGGUACUCUAUUACCUCAUGAAACACUUUCAGUUGAUGUAAUAUUUACACCAGAUGUUCCUAAAGAAUAUUUUACUAACACUGUAUCCUGUCUUACUGUGAUAAACAAGGAGUACAAGCUAACUGUAAAAGGUACUGGUAUUCAUACUCCUUUGAGGCUCUCUCACUCUACUGUACUCUUUAAUGAUACUCCAUUGAACACUAUCAGUGUAUCUCGUAUUUCUAUACUCAAUCCAUCAACUCCUUCAGCUCAUAAUGCAGUCACAAAAGGGCCAACACCUCUUAAAGCUUCCAGGUUGUUUGAAUUUCAUAUUCCUUCAGAAAACUUGCCAAUAUCAGUUUCACCAGCAGUAGGGAUUGUAGAUCCUGGCAAGAGCAUUGAUAUUGAGAUCAGUUUUAGUCCUAAACUUGAUCAGCAAAGUAUCAAAGACAGGAGUAUUGCUUUAGCAAAGAAGGAUGCAGCUGCUAUAGCUGCAAAGAAAGCAGAGGAGGACAGAUUAGCUAGUGCAGAAGAAGAAAAGCAAUCAAAAUCUUCAAAAUCAAAAGGUCGUCGUACAACUGGUCGCCCAACAAGUCAAGCUAGUAAUCGUAGCUCAUUGUGUUCAGACAGUGCGUUAAUGUCAGGAUCACAACAGAAGAUUGAACAGACUAAUAAUAAUAAAGGAGAAGCUUGUGAAGUGUCAAACAGUGAAAUAUCUCGUUUUUGGUGGAAAGCCUAUGAUCAAUUACUGCACGAAUAUGAAUGUGCUCAGUAUCGAUGCAUGAUACCAUGUUUCAUAUCUAACCCACAAACCAAGAUUACUGAUCAUCCAGGAAUCAUUGAGUACAGACCAGAGGAGAUACUGUAUGUUGAUGUAUCAGCUACUGCCAUUAAGCCAUCACUUUUUCUUGUGUCUAAUGAUGGAUGUGCCACUAUUGAUUUUGGAGAUGUUGGAGUAGGAAGCUAUUGUAAAAAGACUGUUGUACUAAAGAACAUGUCAAUAGAGAAAUUGAAGGUGACUGCUACUAGUAUGAGAAGUGGGUUUGAGAUAAGAAACUCACUGAGAGAGAUACCCUCCAACUCUACACACUCAAUGAUAUUACAGUUUGAGCCUGAAACUAGCGGAAAGUAUUACGAGACACUUAAGUUGAGAUAUGGCACAUCAUCAUACUUGGAGCUAACACUGUUAGGUCAAGGGAUUGAGCCAAUAGUACAUGUUACCCCAGAGGAAGGACCAGUUGACUGGGGCUAUAUUUCUGCAGGAGAUACAAUAUCAAAGAGUAUUCAAGUUAAGAAUACUUCUGAAGUAAAAGUGGAGUUGUGCUUAAAAAUGGAGGCAGAUGAGUCAAGCUCACGUAAUUGCAAUGGUCAACCAGCCUUUACUUGUGUUCCUUAUUCUGAUGUCAUACCACCCAAUUCCACUCUGACAGUCAAUAUUCAGUUCAGUCAUGAUAGGCCAGACUGUGUGUAUAGUGAGAAUUUACAUAUUGAAAUCAAUGAUAAAAAGAUAUCGUCCCUUGCCCUUAGAGGUCAGUCAAUAUCUGGCAAUAUGUAUGCAACAGGAGGAGUAACUAUUGGGCCAAAUGACGUGUCAAUGGCUGCAGUACAUACCACUGAUACAACAGCUAGUGGUAGUGGUACCCUGACUUCUCAUCCAUUGCUAUUCAUAUUCCAAUACAAGUCUACAGAUAGUGUUAGUCAACAGUUGUUGAUAGGAUCAGCGAAAACAUCAAUUGCUAAAAAAUCUAAGGGUGAGUUCACAAUUGAAACAUUACAGGGAAAUCCUAUUGAUACUAAGUGCUUCACUAUUGACCCAAUGAAGUCUUCAUUAGAUACUGGUGAGAUUAAAGACAUCAAAAUUACAUUUCAUCCUAGAAAGGAUUCAAUGGGUGCAACUAUUAAAGCUCAAACAAAUAUAAUACUGAAAGGAGAUGUGACAAUGCAGCAUCAGUUAUUCCUUCAAGCCAUGCCAGUGAUCAGUCAGGAUUAGAAUAAUUAUAAUUACACAAUGAAACAAAAAAAUCAUUUUAUUUGUAAUGGAAUAAUAAUAUUAUCAAUGCAGAUACAAAAUAAUACAUCAACUUUAAUCAAGGUA